UGUGUGCCGACUGAGGAGAGUGUAUCCGGCUGGAGGGCAGCGGACUGAGGCUGGGCAGAAGCCUGGGUUUGCGGUUUGCAUGCACGCAUGUGAGUGCGCACAUGUAUGUGUGUGUGUGUGUGGGGGGAUUCUAAGCAGGGUGGUCAGGUGCAGGAAAGGCCGGAAGGCCAUCAGCAGCUAGGGCACUCAGGGCAUGUGGUUGUCAAGUCGGUGGUAGAAAACAUAUGUACUCUGGCCGCCGGCAGGGGGUGAUUGAAGGACCCUUGUCCUGUGAGGAGGGUGUCACCCCAGAUACAGUGCCUGCUCUGAGUGGGGAGGAGGAGGGCCCCACUGGCUGAAGCAGGGCCCAGCUGCUCUGGGACGCCUCCCGGUCCCUCCCCCACCUCCUCCGGCUCCUGUCUCUGUCACUCAUAGGCCAGCCGGCUGGGGCAGCCAUGGCAGCCUCGAUGAUCUGGAUUCCUUUGCUCGCAGGUCUCCUGGCAGGGCUGGGGUGCACGGAGGCCCAGACCACCCUGCACCCGGUGGUGGGACGUCUGUUUGUGCACACCUUGGACCGUGAAACCUUCCUGCGCCUCCCUGAGCACGUGGCUGUCCCACCCACUGUCCCUGUCACCUACCACGCCAACCUCCAGGGACACCCAGACCUGCCCAGGUGGCUCCGCUAUACCCAGCGCAGCCCCCACCACGCUGGCUUCCUCUAUGGUAGCCCCACCCCGGAAGACCGCGGACGCCAGGUCAUUGAGGUCAUAGCCUACAACCGGGACAGCUUCGACACCACCCCGCAGAGGCUGGUGCUGCUGAUUAGGGACCCGGAAGGCCCCCUGCUGCCAUACCAGGCUGAGUUCCUGGUGCGCAGCCAUGACGUGGAGGAGGUGCUGCCCUCAUUGCCUGCCAGCCGCUUCCUCACAGUCUUGGGGGGGCUCUGGGAGCCAGGAGAGCUGCAGCUGCUCAACAUCACCUCCGCCCUGGACCGUGGGGGCCGUGUUCCCCUUCCCAUCGAGGGCCGAAAGGAAGGGGUGUACAUCAAGGUGGGCUCUGCCUCACCCUUCUCCACCUGCCUGAAGAUGGUGGCGUCUCCCGACAGCCAAGCUCGCUGUGCCCAAGGCCAGCCUCCACUUCUGUCCUGCUAUGACACCUUGGCCUCUCACUUCCGAGUUGACUGGUGCAAUGUGUCUCUGGUGGAUAAGUCAGUGCCAGAGCCCGCAGACGAGGUGCCCACCCGAGGCGAUGGGAUCCUGGAACGAGAUCCUUUCUUCUGCCCACCCACGGAGGCCGCAGCCCGAGACUUCCUGACCGACGCACUGGUCACCCUCCUGGUGCCUCUGCUGGUGGCCCUGCUGCUCACCCUGCUGCUGGCCUACAUCAUGUGCUGCCGGCGGGAGGGACGGCUGAAGAGAGACCUGGCCACCUCUGACAUCCAGAUGGUCCACCACUGCACUAUUCGUGAGAACACAGAGGAACUGCGGCAGAUGGCAGCUAGCCGAGAGGUGCCCAGGCCACUCUCCACCCUGCCCAUGUUCAACGUGCGCACGGGCCAGCAACUGCCUCCCCAAGUGGACAGCGCCCAGGUGCCCCUCAUCCUGGACCAGCACUGAGGGCCCAUUCAGCUCCAGCCUGGGCCUCACCCAUCCCUUGUCCACCCGCUCGCAGAGAAGCCACCACACAGGGCCACAGCCUUCCUCCUGAUUCUGGCUCCUGGUCCGAUGGACUCCAGGCUCGGAACGCGCAGAGAUGGAGGUGGGGCGGGACCAGGGUGUCCGGGGUCAGGACAUCCAGAGUAAACACCGCAGCUCUGUC